UAUCUUCUUCUAAAAUUAAGGACAUUUAUCUUUCCUAAAGCAUUAACACGUCUAGCCAAACCUAAUUACAUAAAACAGUGGAUCAAUAUUUUAAAACUGCUACAAUAACUCAGUGGCCAAAAAAAUUGUAAAAUAAAAGAUAUAAGCAAACCAACACACCUUUCCUUCCUUUUCUCUCCAAUUUGGAGGGAUCAGCCGCACAGUGUUUUGUCUCUCUAAUUUUUCUCGCUUCCUUACUGUUCUCGCUCUCGGAAACGGAGGAAAGUUCCUAAAUUCCUGCGCUAUUUUCCCUACCCCUCCUUUCCGCCCUUCCUGAACACAGUGUAACACUGUAUUUUUCUCAUGGUGGGAUAGAUUUAUACUAAUACUUAAAAUGCGAGGAACAUCGAAUCGAUAGAGUUUAUUGUCAAGUUGUUUUUUAUGAUAUAAUACUAACCGAUUCAUAAAAAGCAGUUACAAUUUAGCUGUUUUUUUUUUAAUAAUUUCACUAGGACAAGAGUAGAGGCAAUUAGAAGCGCUGACUGAGAUCCAACACGGUAUUCUCAUCUUAAUUAAUUGUUAUCAUCAACUUACACAAAGUUAAAUACAAUCUAAUCCCAUUCUUUAUUUAUUUUGUAAUUUGAAAAAGGUAUCUUAAGAAAGGAAAGAAAUAUAGACCAAAUGAACAUUCGCGGGCAGCCGGGCAGCAGCACCAGGGGCUUGAAAGGAGGAAAAAAUAUCAAGCGGAGGAGGUUGAUCGCUGAGGGGCAAUCAAAUUUGUUUAAUCUUUUGUUGACCGAAACCCUCUUCAGGCCUCUUUCUAACUCACAACGUAGAGAGAGCGAAGAAGCACAAGGGGAAAACACAAAGGCAACCAAGGCUUCCAUCUCCGCCUCCUCCCAGCCAAUCAAACCAUCGAACCCGGAUCGCUGACGUGGCAAUAUUUUUUGUAAAAUCCCGCCUAAACCCCUCCACUUUCAUUUCGUGCGCAAUUGAAUUUCAAUUUCCACCAUUCCAUUUCUCUCUAUCUCUUCUUCUCUCAUCUCCCUUCCCCUCCUCUUAAUAUCUCCGCCUUUCAGCGUUAAAAGCGUCCAUUUCAUUCCCCCCUCCUUCCUUCCUCCUCUCCUCUCUCUCGCUUCCAAAGAACCCUAGCUCGCCGGCAGUUGUCGAUUCAGGUUAGAUCUCCUCGUCGAUUAUGGUUUCAUUUCGCUCGGUUUUGUCGAUUUCGCGGUGGUUUGAGCUGAUCUGGCGUUGGAUUUGCAGAAUUUGCGAUGAAGGGAGGUAAAUCCAAGUCUGAUGCCAAGAACACCAAGUUGUCUGUGACUAAGAAGCCUGCUAAGCCGACAAAGAAAGCCGGUAAAGCAGCUAAGGACCCCAACAAGCCCAAGAGGCCACCAAGUGCCUUCUUCGUCUUCAUGGAAGAGUUCAGGGAGACCUUCAAGAAGGAGCACCCCAAAAAUAAAUCAGUUGCAGCUGUUGGAAAAGCUGCUGGAGAAAAAUGGAAGUCCUUGACUGAUGCUGAGAAACAACCCUACAUCUCCAGAGCUGAGAAGAGGAAGGCUGAGUAUGAGAAGAAGAUGAAGGCCUACAAUAAGGAACAGGCUGAGGGACCCAAGGAUGAAGAGGAGUCUGAGAAGUCGAUGUCCGAAGUUAACGAUGACGAGGACGAUGAAGAAGGCAGUGGAGAGGAGGAUGAUGAUGAGGAGUAGAGAAUGAACGGAGAAGAAUAGAGCUUUAGUCAUGUAGGCUGUUUACAAUGUACCCUUGGAAAACAUGUCUAAUGGCUGGAUGGAUAGUUUCACUUGUUAAUUAAUUUUUCCCAGUUACUACCCCACUUGUCUCUCCAAAGAGGAUGGCAUCUCUUCUCCCCCAGCUUGUUCAUCCUCCUUUGUAAGGAGUUCACUGUCGGUCGCGCUGUAGUUUGUUGUAGAAGUGGGGAGAUCGAAUCUAUCUGUAAUCUGAAUCAAGGUUUAAUGAUUUAGCUGAAAUGGUUCUCUUCUGUAGAUUCUGAACUCGAUUUCAUGUUGUUAUAGUCUCCAGUGGCUUCUUGUCUUCUGUGUUCAUUCUUUCAGGACAUGUUGUCCCCAACUGUUUUCUGGAAUGUGAUCUAGAUGUGUGGAUAUUUGUUUACGUGGUAAACCAAAGAUAAUGAUUGGCUUCACCUUGAAAGUCAGAUAAUGUUUGUCAUUAUUGCAGAGGUUGGUGAAUUGCUGUUUGUAGUCUCUGUUCUGUCAGUGGAGGGUAACGAACUUCUGAACAGUUGCAGCAAAUGAUGGUUCUUUCUCCUGAUCAUUGAUUAUGAUUGCUUGGAUGUCGGCUUUGGUGAUUUGAAGGUCUAGAGUUUUGGAAUAUUUGCUAGGUGUGCUUUUAUUUAUGCAUUGUGAUUUGCUCAGCGUCAGUUUACAGUUUCGAGUGACUAUUGUUUACCUUUGGAUUAGGCUUCCGAUUCAUGUUUCAAGCCGUUGAUACCCUUAUGAGAUGGGGUGCAGAUGUUGAUGGCCGAGUGAGGCAACCGAGUAGUAUCGCUUUUGUGAGCUUAUUUUGAUGUAUCUUAUUUGGAUUGAUUUUAGAUUUGUUUCACUAGGCAAUAAACGGAACUACAAUUUGCUAACUACAUUUGUGUUAUCUUUCAUUUUGAACAGAUUGAUACGCCAGUUAAGAAACAAAACUGCGGUAAUCACACUCGUAUUAUCUUAUUUUGAUUGAUUUAGAUGAUUUCACUAGUUAAGAGUUAAGGCACAAAUCUGCGUUCCACAAGCACACAAAAAAAAAAAAAAAAGAGGCUAAUCACACUUGUUUGAACUACUUGGGAUCAUCUUCGUUUCUGAUUUCGUAAGUUGGACACAGAACUCAUCUUAGUUAAGAAUCAAACUAAUAGAUUAAGCAACGUGAAUUGAAUUGAGUAUCAAAGGCAAUGUGAUUAAUUUAUGCCACGAUUUGAUAGCUGCUUUGUUGUGGAGCAAUGUUGAAUUGACUGCAGAAGUUCAGUUGUAUGUCCAUAUGAACACUGAUUAACAAUUUAGUGAACAAAUUACAAAAAUGGAAACUUAGAACUGCAGAUUUCAUUUGUCAGCAGCUUCAAGAUUUGUGUAUUCUGUGUAUCAAACAAUAAGAUCAUGCGCGUAAG